CGCCAAAUAGGUGGAUUUUAAUUUUUACCAACAUGGCGGGAGCAGGGGAUCACAGCCGAUCGUUGAAGGAAGCCCUCGUAGAGAGCUUAAAUGCCGUUUUAUCACCAAUUCAUAACGUCAGAAUAUCAGGGGAGGAACAGGUGAAAGCAUUAGAAGUCACAGAAGAAUUUGGGGUACACCUUGCAGAAUUGACAAUUGACACACAAGGACCUUUAGCAAUAAGACAGUUGUCUUCUGUGUUGCUACGGCAGUAUGUGGAUGCUCACUGGUGCAAGCAUUCUGAAAAGUUCAGAGAUCCAGAAACAUCAGAACAUGCAAAAGCUGAAAUCAGAAGGAUUUUACCCGUGGGUCUAAAAGAGUCUAUCAGCAAGGUGCGGUCAAGUGUUGCUUACGCUGUGUCCGCAAUAGCACACUGGGACUGGCCAGAGGUAUGGCCGGAGUUAUUCCAGAUCCUGAUGCAGGCUUUAACGAGUGGUGAUCCUAAUGCUGUUCAUGGAUCUAUGAGGGUUUUGUCAGAGUUUACUCAGGAUGUUACAGACACACAGAUGGGACAGGUGGCACCAGUUAUUCUUCCUGAAAUGUACAAAAUCUUCAUCCAAGCUGAUACCUACGGCAUCAGGACCAGAUCACGAGCUGUGAGCAUCUUCAACGUUUGUGCAGCAAUGAUUGCAACCAUGGCAGAGAUUCAGAGGGGUAUUGCCAAGCAGCUGUUGUUUCCCUCUAUCCCCCAGUUCACCAAGGCCUUUAUAGAGGCCCUCCAGGUUCCAGAUGGUCUUACCUCAGACAGUGGACUUAAAAUGGAAAUUGUCAAGGCUAUAACAACCCUAGUGAAGAAUUUUCCCAAGCUGAUGUCCCAGUACAUUGGUGAUAUUUUGCCUCCAGUGUGGAUGAUAUUUACACACAGUGCUGACUUUUAUGUCAGGACAGUUGUGAAUAGCUUAGAAGAAUCGGAUGACCCUGUUGAUUCUGAUGGUGAAGUCCUUGGUUUUGAGAGUCUGGUAUAUGGAGUGUUUGAAUUUGUCCAUGUUCUUAUUGACACUCCAAAGUUCCGCAGCACGGUGAAGAGUUCUGUUAAUGACAUUCUGUAUUAUGUGAUUCUCUACAUGCAGAUGACAGAUGAUCAGGUGAGGCUGUGGACUAACAGCCCAGACCAGUUUGUAGAGGAUGAAGAUGAUGAUUCUUUUUCGUAUUCAGUCAGGAUAUCGGCACAGGACAUCUUGUUAUCAAUAUGCAGUGAGUUUCCAGAGGAGAGUGCACCUGCACUCUGUCAGGCCGUCACUAAACAUCUGGCUGCAGUGGAACCUCUCAAGAACGCCAACGAUCAGAAUUGGUGGAAAGUCCAUGAAUCCUGUAUGUUGGCUAUGGGAAGUGUAACAGACUUGGUUACAGAGUCGAUACAGUCCGGGAAAGUCCAGUUUGACAUCACCGGAUUCCUCCAAUCUGUAGUCCUUGCUGAUAUGAACUACUGCAUUUCACCAUUCCUAGUUGGGAGAAGUUUGUGGACAGCUAGUCGGUAUACUGAGGUCACCUCCACAUCUCCAGAACUGCUGAACAGGUUCCUUCAGUCUACAGUGGGUGGUCUACAUGCCACACAACCUCCCACCAUCAGAAUUUCAGCCAUUAGAGCUGUGUACAGUUACUGCCAACACCUCAAGUCUGCUAACACAACCCAAUACCUCAUUCCAUUCCUACCCAACACUCUGGAUGGCCUCCUCUCAAUAGCCACACAGUUCUCAUCAGAUGUUUUAUCCCUGUGUCUAGAAACAAUGUCUAUUCUUUUAUCAGUUGACAAGGCAUUUACAGCCACUGUGGAAAGCAAAGUUACUCCACUGACCAUUGCAGUCUUUCUGAAAUUUUCAUCAGACCCAGUGGUUGUGAACAUUGUACAGGAUAUCUUUAAGGAGUUGGCAAGUAACGAGAGCACUGUUGGUCCCCUAGAACAUCGACUCCUCCCCACUCUCGUCAGUAUUCUUCAGGCUCCGGAUAAAGUUCCCGUCAGUCUGCCACCAGUAUCGUUAGAAAUGAUGGAGACCAUGGUCAGAGCACACAAAGGUCCACUUUCAGAAGCCAUGAUUAAGACGGGCUUCCCUGCCGUAGUUCACUGCACGCUACACACGGAUGAUAACGCUGCCAUGCAGAAUGGAGGAGAGUGUCUGAGAGCAUUUCUCUCUGUAGCGUUAGAGCAGGUCAUGGCUUGGCAUGAUGAACAAGGUAACAAUGGCCUAUACUACAUCAUGCAGGUGAUAUCAAAACUGCUAGAUCCCAAAACCUCUGAACACACUGCUUCCUUUGUGGGUAGGCUGGUCUCUAUUGUGAUAACAAAAGUCGGGAACCAGCUAGGAGAAAACCUUGACCUCAUGUUAAGACUUGUUCUAAGCAAGAUGCAGCAAGCAGAAACAUUGAGUGUGAUGGAGAGUUUAGUGAUGGUGUUUGCCCAGCUAAUGAUCAGUAAUAUGUCGGCUGUUUUGGAUUUCCUGACUAAUGUCCCAGGUCCCACUGGGAAACCUGCCCUCGAGUUUGUCCUCACAGAGUGGUGUUCUAGGCAGCAUCUCUUCUACGGCAAUUAUGAAAGAAAAGUCUGUACUGUAGCUCUAUGCAAGCUUUUGUUAUAUGCAAUACAGACCAAUGACACCAGGCUACAGGAAAUCAUGAUACAGGGGGAGGAAAUAGAACAGCCAACAAAAGGAAUUAGAACCAGGUCAAAAACAGCCAAUGAACCUGUGCAGUGGACCACGAUUCCGGUCCUGGUGAAAAUCUAUAAGCUGCUGAUCAAUGAACUGUCCAAUCAGAUCGAGGCUAACAUGUGUAAGACUGGUAAAGAUGAGGACGAUGAAGAUGAAGAUGACUGGGAAGAGGAGGAUGGAGAUGAUGAAGAGGUCCAACUAAGGGGUCAAACUCUGUCUGACCUCAUUGACAGCAUGGCAGCUGAGUUCAAUGGUUAUGAUGUUGAUGAGGAGGAAGAAGAGGAUCCUGAUUUCUCAAAAGACCCAACUUAUCAGAUAGAUUUACAGGCGUAUCUAACAGAAUUUCUUCAGUCACUUUCCCAGCAGUCGUGUUACAGUACAUUUAAUGCACAUCACAACGAAUCUGAAAAACACGUUCUACGAACAAUUAACAUAAAUGUAUGACACAGAUCUGCUCCUCCUUGUUAACCUUUUUAAAUUUUAAUCUUUUUAAUUUAUCAAUACCAAUUAUGCAUUAAAUAUUUGAAUUUUUUAUUGACACAUAAAAUUUAAACUAUUGCUUGUGUGAGUGAAAGUGUGGCUGUUUCAUUUAGGCUUUUAAGAAAUUUAGGGUUUUUUGAGAGAAGUUGUGGUGUGAAUUGUUUUAAGUUUAUAAUGAAUAUUGUACUGUACCAGUUAUUUUAAACUUUACCAAUUAUUUAAAAUGAAUAUGAAGACUAAUUCACAUUUUAAAGGAAAAAGGUUAGUGAAAUUAAGAGUUCAGUCAAAUGUCUGUUUGUUUGUUGGUUUUUUUUUUUAAAAAGGAGGAAUUAAAAAAAACUUGCUUGAACUAAGAAUGACUUGCCAUUAUGUUAACAUUGUCAAUUAUGGCAUGUUAUUUUUAAACAAAUAACAAUACUUUUUUGACAUGGAUGUCAAUAAGUUAAGUGAUGUGCAAUACUCUUUUAUAAAUAAAUCUGUUUUACUUGUUUAA